AUGUCAUUCUGCUGGAACUUGGCUGCUCUGCUCCUUCUACUACUACUGACCCCUGACCUGCUUCCCACCCGCCUCAUCAACACCCACCCCGUCCUCACACACGCCGUCCCCACCUCCCAGCCAGUCACAUACCCCAAGAUCCAAUACGUUACCGGCUUGGGCUUCGACUACAAUGAAGAUGACUACACUGAAGAGGAUGCUUCCCAUUUCCCUUCUAACCACAGCAAAGCCUCAUCAGCUUCUACUCUGGUUCCGAUGCAGUCCAAGCCCUGUGACUACCACCCCUGCCAAGACAACCAGAUCCCCUGCUCCCAGCUCUCUGCCCAGACCGGAUGCCUCUGCCCUGGUCUAAGCGGGGUAGACGAGCCCCCUCACGCUCCACACCUCCAGAAGCUAGUGCCAGGCACUGAUGGGGGGGCAGAGGUACGGUGGUGCGCCCCAGCCUCUGUGGUAUCUGGGUACCGGGUCGUGAUCGAAGAUCGAAAGGGAGCACCUCUCCAGUUCGGGGGUGAUUCUCGGAGCGGGGUGCUGGGGGAACUAGAGGCAGGUGUCAAGGUGUGUGUGGAGGCGGUGAACAGGGCGGGAACCAGCGCCCCUUCGGAGCUCUCCUGCCUGCACUACGACCCCCCUGAGGCCAUCAACCUGGCCCUAAGGGCGUGGGUUAUCGUAGGGGGGCUGGGUUUACUCCUGUUCCUCUCCCUGGUCGCCCUGGUCCUCUGGAGGCGACAGAUGUGUAAAACAGGGGAAAACUCAGCAGAGGGGCUGGGGAACCCCUCCUACAGCACGGAGGGAACGCUGUGA